CAAGCCGCUGCACCCGCAACUCCAGACGAAUUUCUCUUAAGAAUUACCUGUGCGCGUCCCACGCAGCUGCACACCUGUGGGGAGUGAUCCCCACGUGCCCUGCACGCAAACAUUCAUGAUAUUCUUCGAGCCGAAACAAAGCUGUCCCAACUGUUUUCCACUUUUUCUUUAAUACCAAUUUCCUAUACGUGUAGUCCGCAGUCAAUCAGCAGCGUGUAACACAGGAAGUAGUCAGCGACGUCCGCGACGCGCAGUGCACCGGCCGGAGGGACAAGUUAGAAUCACGUGGGUCGCCGCCGCUGAGGUCCACGGUUCCUGCCACCCGGAGACCGCUCCACAGCCCCAGCGACCGAGUGCAAGCUAAAGGAAAGAGACUUGAGGAAAAAUGCCAGCAGUCCUAGUCGUGCAUGGCGGGGCGUGGGCGAUCCCGGAUGACUUCGCCGUGGCUUCUGUUGACGGGGUAAAGGUUGCAGCACGCGCCGGCCAUUCAGUGCUUCAAAGUGGAGGAAGUGCACUGGAUGCUGUCGAGGCAGCUGUGAGGGCUCUGGAAGAUAACACUGUGUUUGAUGCAGGGCAUGGGGCAGUGCUGAAUGCGGAAGGAGAAGUAGAGGUGGAUGCCAUGAUCAUGGAUGGAAGGACACUUGCCAGCGGUGCCGUGUCUUCAGUGAACAACAUUGCCAAUCCUGUGUCUCUGGCAAGGGCCGUGAUGGACAAGACGGCCCACCUUAUAUUGACAAGCAGAGGUGCAAACCUGUUUGCGGAGAGCAUUGGCAUAGCCACAGUUCCCACUGAAACACUGGUGACUGAGACUGAGCGGAAGGAGUGGAAGAAAAACAAGAAUUACCUUACUGGAGUAAUGAACGAUUUUAACUCUGAGUUGGCUCACGACACUGUUGGGGCAGUUGCUGUGGACUCUGAUGGCAAUGUUGCAUGUGCGACAUCAACUGGAGGGAUCAGAAAUAAAAUGGUUGGCAGAGUCGGAGACUCUCCCAUUAUUGGCUCUGGAGGAUAUGCAGACAACUUGACUGGUGCAGUAUCUUGUACCGGUCAUGGAGAGUCUAUUCUUAAAGUGACAUUGGCCAGACUCAUUCUUUUCCAUAUCGAACAAGGUAAAUCACUUGCCGAUUCUUCUCGGUUGUCUCUGCAGUACAUGGCUGACCGUGUCCGUGGUGCAGGAGGGGCUAUUGUAGUUUCUCCGUCCGGAGAGUGGGCAGCCACCUUCACCACAAAGCGAAUGGCUUGGGCAGCAGUAGACCAUGAUGGUCUGUGGUAUGGAUUAAACCCAAAAGAAAGACUAAAUGAGCAGUUACCUCAAUAACCAUUUUCACUGUUUUAAUCACUUAUCCAAUAAUAUAGGAACGGUUUGUUUUACUAAAUCCAGUAAUUUGCUAAUAAAUGGGCAUUUGCUACUGCUUGCUUUUUAAUCUGUAAUGAUAGGUACAUACAGGGAAAACUAUGACGACACCAAUUGUGGAUAUUAUAAUAGAAAAGUCUAAUAAGAUCUUAUUUGUGUAGCCAAUACAUAUUUGGACUAGUUUUUCUCUCCAUGAGUUCUGGAUUGCAUAGGAUUGAGGCUAAUUAAGAAUGUUGGAUUUAUUUGAUUAAAUUUUAUUAUGGUGUGUUUAUUUCUAGACAUUUAAAUUUGUCAACCCGGAUCUAUCAAUAUCCACUCCAUGAUACCAUUUAAAGUCCAAACAUUUGACACCACCUGUUAGUCUGCUCAUGUUUGUAAAACCAGAUGGGAUCAUGGGGCUCCUUUUGUAUGAAUCAUUUGUUGGCAUCCAAUAAAAUGAAUUGUUAAACAAA